AUGGGAAGAACUUCCUUGAGUAAUUUAGAUAAAUUGGUUAGGAGCGCCAAAUUAUAUAAAAAUUCAUGGAAUAACACAAUCAACUCUGCCAAGUUAUCAAUCUUUGGCCAUAACACUGGUUUUGUUGGGGACGAGGAGUGGCUUAAACCCUUGCAAGGUCCCAGUAGAUGUAGGUGGUACUGGCCUAGCAAGUAUUUGCACAUGGACUUCACCCUCCGCCAUUAUAUUGCUAUGCAGAUAUCACGGUUUAAAAGGAAACAAGACGACCCUGCUAUCUUAGACUUGUGGAAUACGGUUACUAAAUUUAGUUCUAACAAGGAUUCCAUAAAAUCCUUCCUAGAAUCUGUUGAUUCCUACACAUUCUCAGACUCAAUUACAAUUCAAGAUACAUUCUGUUUAUAUUAUUUAAUUUUCAGAGAAUCUCCUCUAACUUUCCAUGUUGAUAAGUGUUUCACUUCAAAGUUUGAAAAUCCCAAAUAUUUUCCCUUUAUAAAAUAUACUUUGAAGGCUUUGGAAGAAAAUUUUUCACCCAAGAAGGACAUAAAAGUGGAUGUGCAGCUUAGGAAUAGGCUAAGAUUACUACUACAAGAGGACCCUUCCCUGGUCAAAUGUUUUAAGACUAGAAAUAGAUUUGUUGAUACUUUAUAUUUGAGGAGGAGGAACUACUAUUUGGAUAAAGUUUCUCGAAAGAAAAAGAUUAGUGAGAUAAAGCAAAAAUACAAAAGUCACUUCUUGACCCAUCCCGACGAGAAGUCAAUUUGGCCUGACAGUAAGGGAAUACACCAGCAUAAGUGGCCCAGUAUAUAG